CAUAGACUCAUGAGCAAAAACACAAACAUCACAGAAACCUGUGUCAGGAUCAAAGGAUGCAUUUCAUAGCAAUAUUUCUACUUUCACGAUUUAUAAUGUUGAUUCAGGAUCAGCUCCUCAGGUUCUACAGGUCGCUGUGAGGAGAAGUGAGCUAGUGUUCCUGAAUGCCCCAAGAGGAGUGGAAACGGUACCCGAAAAAAGCCUCAGAGGGAGACCUCCUCAUUUCCGCCCUCCCUGUCGCCUGAGGUUGAAGUUCGUAGGUUAUAGGCUACACACGCUGCUCCACAUGUGUCAUUGUUUUGUUACGAUAAUUUGACAUGCAUUGAGAUAAACUGCAGUAACAUGGGGAAGAACAAGAAGAACAAAACUAACGAGUCAGGAAAACACGCGGAAAAGACCGGAAAACGUCAAAGUGAUAAGAAGCUCAAACGAGAUGGUAAACCCAAAAAAGCCAAACCAGACCACCUCAAAGACAUCCCUUUUAGGCUCCGAGAGAUAAUGAAGAGCAAGGAGAGGAUGAAAACGGGAACUUUGAAGGCCAAAAAGCUGAAAGAGGCCAUUUCCCAUAAAGGUAAACCAGAGGAUUCCUACAGUGGAGACAUACCUGUGCCACAUUUCAGGAGGAGGAAGGAGGAGAGCGAGAAAGCAUACCUGCGGCGUAUGGAUAAUGAGACAAAACACGUCUUCUUCCUCACCAAGAACCAAGUGGACAGAAAGCCGGAGCUGGAUGCAGACAAACAAGAGAGGCCUGCAGACAAGGGCAAGUCUGAGAAGAAGAAGGAGUACGAUAAAGUCAGGUUACAGCGACUACAGCAGAAGAAAUUGGACAGACAGGAGGCCAAGAUGGAAAAAGAAAUGUUUGUUGAUAAUGUUCCCUUUGGUGAAGUUACAAUGGCCCCGCCGUCUUUGAGUGCCAAACCCAAGAAAGCGCCAGUCAAAUCUCAGGGAACCAAGAAGCUGCUCCUCAAUUCUCUCCUGGGCCACACCGUAGCCUCUGCAACCAAGCCGUCCAUGGCCCGACAGAGAAUUAUGGAGGAGGAGAGGGAGCGAGCAGUGGAGGCCUACCGGCAUCUUAAAAAACGGAAACAGGAGCAGAACGAGGCCAGGACUGCCAGUAUGGAAAAACUGAAGAACCUUCAGUGAUGUUUCACCUCGAAGAAUUAUAAAUUCCUGGCUUCAGCGUUGAAGACGGAUCGUAAGAUAACCAUCAGCAGACUGGACGUGUUAUGUAACUCUGGAUCUGUUACGCCAGCGCAGCAGUUUAGCACGAUGUAGCUAGCUGUCAGGGAAACUGGUCGCAGUGUGAGGUAAGUAGUCACCUGCCACUUUCAGCAUCACAUGUUUAACUCGAAAGAGAACAGGACGUUCAAAUGGUUAAUGCCUGUUUUAAAUGUCUUAUAAAGAAGACGAACUGAUCACCCCUGACUGAACACAUCCAGACAGCUGACUUCUGUUGAUGUCUCACCUUUGUGACUGUGUUCACUUGCGUUUACACUGGUGUAAAUAUUUGCAUCUUCUGGUUACCACACUGAUGUAAUUUGUGAUAUGGCAGACAAUAAAAUCAUUAAGGCUGUGCUGUAUCUCAAGGCAGCGAUACACCUCUGACUGUUUGCUGUGGUUCCACUAGAUGGCAGUCCUCCAGUAGAAAACUGGUUUCAUAGUGUUUAUAUGGGGAGCAGACAGGUGGACUGACUUAUUUUGUACUUUUUGUAAAGUAAAAAUUUAUUUUUGGUGGCACACCAUGCCCUUUUAUAUAUGUGAAUUUGUGGCUCUAUUCUUUUACCAUGUUUUUCUUUUACCAUGUGUUCAAUGAGUGGAAAUGAGCCUAAUUUAUAUAUAUAUUAUAAAAUGUAAAAGAAUUAAGCCAUGAGGCCUGUUUAGUAGCUGCUCUGGAGCUUUUGAUCAUAUCACAUGAUGAAGUUUGCCCAGCUGUUGUAAAACUGUAGAUGGUCAGACUCCCACUUUUUGUUUUUUUCUUGAGGACUUCUCGUCCAUAUUGGCUUGAAAUGAUGAGGGUUCAGUUUUAAGCAGAUGACAUGACACCUUCAAAGUUCACAUAAUAUUUCUCUGUUAUAAGAACACAUUUGCAAAAAUACUGGGAAAUUAAAUAUAUAAACUCCAUACCAUGUUUCAUUUCGUACCUCUCUGAGCGCCUGAAUCCUGGGAAAAAUAAAUCACAUCAGCCUUUUAAAAUGCUGAGCACUUAUUAGAGCCUGGCACAGCUAUUUACUUUUGUAAUCCUGAAAAGGUUUACCCUCAUGAACAAGGCCUUUGUUUAAAUAUUGGCCUCUGGGACAAACUGUACAAAUUCAGAGAUGUUUUUUUUCAUCUUCAUUUCAUCUUUCAAAGCAUCCUCGAUCUAAAAGCAAACAUUUAUAUUGAUAAUAGUUUUUGUAAGAUGAUCCACUGAAUAAAAUCAUCACAUGCUA